ACACCACAUGUACCGGUUUGUUUGACGUAUCGUCGAACAGAGAGGUGAGAGAAAAUCAAAACAGCUUUACUUUCGUAGAGGAGCGGCUGUGUGUGUUUGCCUGCUGGUCCAACUGGAAGUGUAUAUUUUGCCAACAUUAGUUCGAAGGAUUCAUCCAACACGGCAUAAUGGAAGUCGAUGGUAACACCGUUUUGGCUAGAUCGCUCAAAGAACAGGGCGUUGAGUAUGUGUUCGGCAUCGUCGGCAUACCGGUGGUGGAAUUGUCAAUGGCGAUGCAGGCCGAGGGUCUGAAAUACAUUGGAAUGAGAAAUGAACAGUCCGCUUGUUAUGCUGCGCAGGCUAUCGGCUAUCUCACUGGUAAACCGGGUGUGUGUCUGGUUGUUUCCGGACCAGGCCUACUCCACGUAACCGGCGGCAUGGCGAACGCUCAGGUAAACUGCUGGCCUUUACUAGUCAUCGGUGGAUCCACUUUCCAGGAUCAUGAAGGGAUCGGAGGCUUCCAGGAAUGUCCACAGGUGGAACUGAGUAGACCAUACUGUAAGUACGCCGCAAGACCACCAGGUGUUGCAUUGAUUCCACAGCACGUUGAAAAAGCUGUUCGCUUGGCCUGCUACGGAAGACCGGGUGCUGCCUAUCUGGAUUUCCCGGGAAAUCUUCUACUUGCUAGGGUACCCGAAGACAGCAUUCCGAAACAAUACGCACACCCAGAGCCACCGAUUAGUUAUCCUAAUCCCAAGCAUGUCAAACAGGCUGCGGAAAUGCUGGCUAUCGCUAAAAGACCUUUGAUUAUAGUUGGUAAAGGUGCUGCCUACGCUCGAGCUGAGCUCCAUUUGAGGCAGUUGGUUCACCAGACAAACUUACCAUUCCUACCGACGCCGAUGGGGAAGGGAGUCGUUCCGGAUUUGGAUCCACAAUGUGUAGCGCCAGCUCGCACUUUAGCACUGCAGAAAGCAGACGUGAUCUUGCUGCUCGGGGCUCGUCUUAAUUGGAUGCUUCACUUUGGAAGAUCUCCUCGCUACAGUGCCGAUGUGAAGAUCAUCCAAGUAGAUUUGAACGCUGAAGAAUUACACAAUAGUGUGCCCAGUGCAGUAGCUGUGCAAUCCGACAUUGUUCCGUUCGCUGAGCAGUUGAUCGACGAGCUGGCUCGUAUGCAUUACUACUUUGACAACAACACCGACUGGUGGAUUGAUCUGAAGGCAAAGAUAGAUAAGAACAAAAAAACAGUUCAACAGAUGGCAAUGAACAAGGAAAUUCCACUCAACUACUAUGCAGUCUUCCAUCAUCUCCAGGAAUUGAUUCCCAAGGAUGCCAUAAUUGUUAGCGAGGGUGCAAACACCAUGGACAUCGGUCGUUCGUUUCUUCAAAACAAAUGGCCUCGUCACCGACUGGAUGCGGGAACUUUUGGCACGAUGGGAGUUGGUCCAGGAUUCGCCAUUGCUGCUGCUUUGAUAUGCCGUGAUCGUUAUCCGGGUGAAAAAGUGAUUUGUGUUGAGGGAGACUCCGCCUUUGGAUUCUCUGGAAUGGAAAUUGAGACAAUGAUGCGAUAUCAGCUGCCGAUUGUGAUCGUGAUUGUUAACAACGGAGGGAUCUACUCUGGAUUCGACCAGCAAACUUAUAACGAUAUCCGUUCGGGCGGAGAUUUGACUCAGCUAACUCCACCGUCUGCUCUAACCGUUGAAACUCACUACGAAGCGAUGAUGAACAUGUUUGGUUCGAAGGGCUACUUCGUGCGUACCAUUCCAGAGCUGCAGACAGCCGUGAAGGAGGCUUUGAUUUUAACCGAUAGACCAACGAUCAUCAAUGUGAUUAUUAGUCCGCAGGCGGAUCGCAAACCGCAGGACUUCCAGUGGUUGACCGAGUCGAAGCUGUAAUUGGUAAUGAAUUUCUAAAGGGUGGUGCAAAGGAUUGAUAUCGUUAUAGUUUACUAGUUCUAUGAAAUUUUAAGAUGGGUGAUAUGGUAUAAACAUUAAAGUGUUGCUUUCAACAGGUGACUAAA